AAAAGGGAGGGACUGAGGGAAAAGAAUAGAGGGAGAAGAGUUUUCAUAUUCGUGGGAGAAGCCGUGUCAGUUAAUGGACUGGGAGUCUCAGAACUUGUUCCUUCACUAAAAGAAACAUUUGAAAUCAGCAUUUCACAGGUGCUGUGCUUUCUGAGGAAGAUACAGUGGUGUCAUCAAUGGUAGAUUCACAGAUGGCUGCACUGCGCAAAGAUGGGAGCAGACAUGACAAUGGAUUUAUAUUGAUAGCUUGUGAUCAAUAAGGACAAUAUCAGAGGGGUGACAUUUAAGGGACGUAAAGCCAGGCUUGAGUGCAGAUAUGACUAUAUAUUAACUUCAUGGCAUCUCCACAGUCUCUUAACCCUCCUGAAAAAGAGUCCAUGGUCACUUCUGUGACUCAGAAGGCCCAGGAGGAGGAGGAAGAGGAUGAUGAAGAUGAGGAAACUGGCCAGAAGUUUGAGUUUGAUGACAGCGAAGAUGAGCAGAAUACAGUGGAGAACUCUGUUGAGAAUAAAGAGUCAGGAACUCCUCAUGUGGAAGCUGAGCAUUCAGAAAAUACUAAUGGUAGCACUGCCACAAAUGCACUUUAUUGUCAAGCUAUGAAGCGUAAUCAGCAGGCGGUAAACGGAGGGAUCCCUGCUGGUCUGGAGGACCAAAAUAUCCCCACACAUCCUUGCACAACAAACUCAGAGAUGGUGGCCAGACAAUCUCCUGAUGGGAGUUCUGUCUCCGCUGAGCCUCAAGUAGCUGAUGAACAAGCAAGCUUUUGGAAAAGAAAUAACAUUUAUGAAGGUUCACAUUUUGAGCCAGAGUGCCUCUAUGCAUCUAUCCAGAAGUCUCCCCACAAACAUGCACAGACAGCCCCAGUUCACUCUCGGGAAUGGUUCAGUGUGGUUUCAGAGCUCACUCUGCGACUGCAUAAAGGUCUCGCUCCUCAAGGGAAAGCCGUUCCAGAAUCAGAUGAAAAUUCACCCUCUGAACAACUGAAGCAGAACUCAGCUCCUCCUGCUCGCUCAGAGGUCAUCUACGAUGAUGUGCCCUGUGAGAAUAUCACGCCACCAGAUGCAGUGGAUGAUGUGAUCUACGAGGAGGUGCAGAGGUCUGGCGAGUCCGGACUGAUAGACAAUGGCUGGGGCUCCAGUGAGUUUGAGAGUUACGAUGAGCAGUCAGACAGCGAGACCAAGCAGCCCACCCGCAAUAAGAUUUCCCCAGAUGUACGACGUCUGAAGCAACGCUGCGUCCAGACCAGACGUGAGCUAGCCAUGCGGUUAGGGGCUCGAGAUGUCGGCCAGCUCAAACAAAACUAUGACAUUAAGGUUCAACAGCUCAUGAAAGCAGCUAGGAAUGGCACGAAAGAUGGACUGGAAAAGACCAAAAUAGCCAUGAUGCGAAAAGUGUCCUUCCUGAGUAAAAAAGACUGCACAGAUGACACAGAGGAAGAUUCUGGAUAUCUGGAUGUGACUGUAUCUGAACUCAAACAUCCACCACCUCAACUCUCUCCAAUGCCAGAAGGGCUCAGUAGCCAACAGGUUGUCAGGCGUCAUAUUCUUGGCUCUAUCAUCCAGAGUGAAAGAAGCUACUUAGACUCACUCAAGAGGAUCCUGCUGGAAUAUAAGAAGCCUUUGAUGGAGGCGGAGCCCCGGAUCCUGAGCUUGAAGAAGGUCCAGCCUAUUUUUUAUAGGCUGAAGGAGAUCCUGCAGUGUCACUCCAUGUUUCAGAUUGCUUUGGCCUCCCGUGUAGCGGAAUGGGAUAAUACUGAGAAAAUCGGAGACCUUUUUGUUGCUUCAUUUUCAAAGUCAAUGGUGCUAGAUGUGUACAGCGACUAUGUCAACAACUUUACCAAUGCUAUGGCUCUUAUCAAGAAAGCUUGUAUGUCCAAGCCAGCAUUCCUGGAGUUUCUCAAGAAGAAGCAGGCUGCCAGUACAGACAGAAUCACUCUUUAUGGCCUGAUGGUCAAACCAAUUCAGCGCUUUCCUCAGUUCAUACUCCUACUGCAGGACAUGCUGAAAAACACCCCUGUAGGGCAUCAGGACAGGCUGCCACUGCAGCUGGCCCUCACUGAGCUUGAGACUCUCGCCGAGAAGCUGAACGAGCAGAAACGGCUGGCCGAGCAGCUCGCUGAAAUCCAACAGCUCACUCGCAGCGUCAGUGACCGUAACCUCAGUAAGCAACUGAACUCGGAUCAGAAGCAGUUGAUUCUGUCUGAGACACUGAUUGAGACCGUCUAUGGUGAGAAAGGUCAAGUCCUCAAGUCUAAGGAGCGCAAAGUCUUCCUCCUGAAUGACAUGCUCAUCUGUGCAAACAUCAAUGUGAAAUACAUUGAAACGGGCAUUGAUAACAUCUUUGAGGAGCCAAGGGGCCCACCAGAUAUCAGCAGCCUAGUCCCCAUUGGUCCAAAAUACGCAGUUAAAUGGAGUGCCCCCCUGCUGCAAGUGCAAGUGGUGGAGGUGGGCCAGGAGACCCCCCAGCGUAAAGACAGCAUCUACCAGCAGAUUGGAAGCAAGCGCCUGAGCUCCACCAACUCUCAAGGAAAGCUGUUUCUGGGACCACCGCGGCUAUAUCAGGAUCUGCAGGAGUUACAGCAUGAUCUUUCUGUGGUGGAGGAAGUCACGUUGUUGGUGGGCACCCUGCAGGGAUCAUACCAGAAUCUCAACACUACGGUGGGGCAGGACUGGUGCAUGGCUCUUCAGAGGCUCAUCCGCAUCAAAGAGGACGAGAUCCAGUGUGCCAACAAGUGCCGUCUACGGCUGAUGGUUCCUGGGAAGCCUGACAAGUCUGGCCGUCCAGUCAGUUUCACAGUGGUCUUCAGUACGCCCAGUCCAAUUAGCAAAAUCUCCUGGGUCAAUCGCUUGCAUCUGGCCAAAAUCGCCCUGAGAGAGGAGAACUUGCCUGGCUGGGUGUGCGUAGAGGAUGAUGAAAAGACUAAGCCUCCGUUCUGGUGCCCGUUGCUGGCCUGCCGGUUGCCUGUGUUUACCCCAAAAAUGCAAGAUCUGAAGUUGCAGGCUGCCCUGUAUAACCCGGUCCACUGUUCUCUUCUUGGGUUUUCUGCCGCUAGCACAUCCUUGCCUCAGGGCUACCUAUGGGUGGCUAGUGGGGGUGACAACUCCCACGGGCAGGUGGAGAUUUUCUCCCUUAACAGACCCACUCCACGCUCCGUUAAGAGUUUCUCUCUAGGUUCCCCAGUGCUUUGUCUGGAGUAUAUCACAGAGCCCAGCACUGACGAAGAACUGGAAACACAAACCUCUGAAGUUCCUUCCAAGAUCGGCAACACCAUCUGUGUAGGAUUAUUGGAUGGCAACAUCCUGGUUUAUGGAAGCGUGGACACCGCUGCUCAGUGUCUGCUAACAUUUUGUAACCCAGAGGGCUGCCCAGUUCUGUGCCUAAAACAAUCUGCCAACUUUCUCUUCGCUGGACUGAGUAAUGGAAAAGUCGCUGUUUAUAACCGAAAGAGUGGAGUGGGGUUGUGGGAUCCAGAUUCCUGCAGACAUGUGGUUAUUGGAUGUGCACCCGUCCUCAAACUUCUCCAGAUAGACGAGUGUGUGUGGGCCAGCUGUGUCAACCAGGUCUCUGUAAUUGAAGGCUCAUCUCUCAGGACUCAGAGUUUUGAAGUUCAUCCAGACCCCAUGGUUAGUGUGACCCACAUGGUGCGCGCUGGAGGAGGGGUGUGGAUGGCGUUUUCAGAGGGAUCAUCCCUACGUCUGUUUCACACAGAAACAUUGGAACACCUCCAAGAGAUCAACAUUUCAACACCCUCUGCAUAUUUGAGCCCUGGUCAAAAAACGGUGUGUGUAACCAGCCUACUUAUCUGCCAAGGACUGCUAUGGGUGGGCACAGCUCAGGGCAUUAUUGUCACCUUGCCGGUGCCCAGACUGGAGGGCAUUCCCAAAAUAACAGGAAAAGGAAUGACGUCACUUAAUGCUCACAACGGCCCUGUUGAAUUCUUGGUUGCCACCUCCAGCAUUUUAUCCCAUGAUUUUCUAAAGCGGGAUUCUGUCAUGGAAGGUGCGGAUUCAAGUAAUGGAGCUGAAGAUAAGGAGGCGACAAAUUCCUCUCAGGAGUCCCUCCAGCAGGCAGAUGUCUCUCCUCAGGUAGAAGCCAAAGCUAAAGGAGUGCUGCUGCAGUACCACCUCCGUUCUACCUCUCAGCUCCCAGGAAAACUCCUGACGGCCCGCCCCGAAGAAACAUCCAACUCGACCCAGGACUCUCUGGAGCACACCCUAGAGGACUGUUCCAUCUAUGAGCUGAGCGAUGACCCCGAGGUUUGGGUCAGAGGGCCUGGGCCGUCAUCUAAGGAAGCGGCGCGUAGGGAGAAAGUGACUUCAGCCGCCGUUAUAGCCGGUGGAAAAGGGUUCCGUCGACUCGCUAAUUCCUCCAACUCCUCUGACUCCAAUGAGAACAUGCUCAUGGUCUGGCAGCUGCCCAUUACAGUUUGAGGCAGUAAUGAAAUCUCCUUCCUCUGGCUUUCAUCAUGUUUUUUUGCAGUGAUGGAGGAUUGUUGGAUCAUUGAAGGACAAACAGACUGUAAGCCUGUAUGGCUUAUGAGGAUUAUUUAUUCCACUUCUCCUCCAGAAGGUUUUGAAGGAAUAUUCCAGGUUCAGAAAAAGUUAAGCUGCGACAGCAUUUGUGACAUAAUGUUGAUUUGCAUGAAAAAAAUGUCCUCCUUUAAAAAAAUAAAAAAUAAAAUCAGAGUUCCAGUGAGGCCCUUACAAUGGAAGUGAAAGGGGCCAGUUUGUAAAUAAUUUUAAAUACUUAGUUUCAAUAGCAUAGCCACAGGACAUAAAACAAUAUUUUAACAUGAUUUUAAUGUGAAAAAAGUAAAACAAUGCAGUGCCAUAAACCUUCUAACCCUAAACUGACUUUAUUUUGGAUGAUUUAAAAAGCUUUGUAGCUCAAAUAAUACUAAUUUUAACAGAAUAAUUAAUGUUUAAUAAUUAAGCUUAACAAAUAAAUCCUAAAUUGGCCCCAAUCACUUCCAUUUUAAAUGCCUCAGUGUAACCAUCAUUUGUGACCCUGGACCACAAAACCAGUCGUAAGUCACACAGGCAUAUUUGUAACAAAAGCCAAAAAUACAUUGUAUGGGUCAAAAUUAUCAAUUUUUAUUAUAUAGAAACAUAUCAAAACUUAAUGUUUCAUUAGUAAUAUGCAUUGCUAAGAACUCCAUUUGGACAACUUUAAAGGCGAUUUUCUCAAUGUUUUGAUUUUUUUGCACCCUCAGAUUCCAGAUUUUCAAAUAGUUGUAUCUCAGCCAAAUGCUGACCUUCCCUAACAAAGAUACAUCAAUGGAAAGCGUAUUUAUUCAGCUUUCAGAUAAUGUAUAAAUCUCAAUUUCAAAAAAUUGUUUGCAAUAUGUAUCUGAGUAUUGGCUGUGACCCAGUUCUUUCUUGUUUAAAUGAUAAAAGAUAUUUUUUUAUGCCGCACCACCAAAGCGGUGUGCACAGAAAAGUAAGGUAGUUGAAUAUUCGGAGUCGGUCUAUUUAAAUGUGUUUUAAUGUUAUUUUAGUGUGAAAUGUGAUAAGGAGAAGCAAAGUCUUCGGUGUAGGUACUUGUGUCUGAUGGUUCUUGUUGUUCGCAGUGUCACUUUGUUAAAAAAAAAUUAAAUCAUAUUUACAAUGA